AUGGAUAAUUCUUACGGCGAGAGAGAGCCAUUGCUCUCCCAAGCCGAGUCCGACUUCCGCUCGCAUGUUCCAAAUCCCGAGGAAGAUGAUAUCCAAAAUGAUUAUGCCGUGUCCUAUCGAGUUCUUCCAAUAUCUUUAUUUGCGUCCUUGGGGAUGGCUGCCACGAUAGCCACAACUAUAUAUGCGUAUGCAAACCUGUUGUGCGCUGAUCCGACAGCCUGCAAAGAUGGCGAGCAAAGCGCUUAUGCGGCAGUUGUGGCAAUCGCCAAUGGAAUCGCGCACACAGUAGCAAUCCUGAUUCUAGGUCCAUUGGAACAUCUAGUGAAGACUCAGCUGAAAGCAGGUCUGGCUGUAUGGAUCUGCACAAGGAUUGACGCUGACAGACUCAAUGAUAUAGUGGCACUCCGAAGCGUCCCAAUCGCUGUCUCAGGCCGGCUCUUCGAGGGCAUCGCAUCAGAUAAUCUCCUCCAUUUCAAUCUCAACACAAUAUACGUGUCCACUGCUUCACCAUCAGCACCAAAAACUUCUCGCCUUAUUGCGGCAUCAUUAGCCUUAUACAUGAUAGGAACGGCUGUAGGACCUAUGGCUGUUACCGUCUUUCAAAAUUAUACGGCUAGCUUCACUGCGGCACUAGCGAUAUUCGCUUUGGCAAUGAUAUACCUGAUGGCGUUCGUACCGAAGCCCGCAAAAAGGGACUUGGCUUCUGAGAUGGACAAUUCGGAGCCUGUUGAGGAGAGGGUAUCAAAUAAGUUAAGGUUGAUGGUUCUGCUGUCACCAUUGCAGCCAUUCUAUGAUAAACCGGUGGCCAUUCCAUAUGGCCUAUCCCUGCUCUUAUACACGGCUGUUCAGGGCCAUCUUUUCCCUGUGAUCAUGGUUUUCGCUUCUAUCCGCUUUCAUUUUGCCAGCUCAGAGAAUGGUCUCUUGGUUUCGAUUGCGGCAGCUUGCGCUGCACUCCAAAUAUUGGUGAAGGUAUACGUCGCCCCAGCAAUUGCGAGGCUGCUAGGACGUGGGUCGGCCACCGCAAGCAGCAAUGCCAACCGAAACACAGUUGUAGCAGCUGUUUGCAUUCAAAUGGCAGCCUUGAUAGCUAUGACCCGAGUGAUGAGCGCUGUUCAGCUGUAUCUAGCGGUUGCAGUGUCGGCAGCCGGGCUCGCCGUGCCGGCGUUUUUCAAGAGCCACUUUGUCUCUUUCAUGCCGGAUGCCUCCCAGGCCAUCUCGGCUCUAACAUUCAUGGAAAGCGUCGGAGGAUUAGCCUCUCCUUUUUUCCUAGGUUCAUGGCAGGCUGUUUUUCCCGUUCAUUUUCGAGGCAACACCGGUACUGCUCUCUAG